CUCAGAGUUGGUGGCAUGAUGCGAAGAGAGAGAGAGAAAGAGAUUGAGUGAGAAAGAAAGAGAUCCUGUUUUAAAGUUUUACUCGUUCCCUGGCAGCUCACCACAAGAGAGAGAUCAGUCUGAGAGUAGGAGAGAAAGCAGAGGCAAGAUCAAGCGGGGAAGCCAAGAAAAGAUGCAGUUUUAUACAAAGAGGCAUUGAUAAUCUGACAGAAGUGGGAGUGACAUGGAAAGUAGCCACUUUGCUUUUUUCAUCGACAGUAACUUAUGCAGUUAGAGCUAUUUUUUUCAAUUUCAAGUUUAUAAGGCUUGAAAAUUAUUUAAGUUGGAGCAAAGAAGAGAGCAUCAGACGACCUGAAUGUGGAAAUAUUCUCCAGCUAUUGUGACUUUUUAAACACUCAUCUGGACAUUGCUUUUCUCUUCACCAUGAGAGCCACGUGGACUGUUUUGAUACUGGCUUUGAUCCUUCCUCUUGUCAUUGUCCAAACACAAACAUCCUGCCCUUUGGGGUUCAGUACGGUUGACCAAAGUUGUGUUGAUGACAACGAAUGUGGCAUCCCUGAAUUCUGUGGAGAAAAUGCAAACUGUUUCAACACAAAUGGCAGCUACUACUGCCAGUGCAAGGAGGGUUACAGGUCAAAAUCUGUGAAUUUUACUGUUAUGGACUCCAAUUGUAAAGAUAUCAAUGAAUGUUGGGAAAGCAAAGAUAUCUGUGGACCUAAUGCCUCUUGUCAAAACACACCUUCCAACUACACCUGCAGAUGUAAAAAUGGAUUUGUCUCGUCUACUGGAGUGAAAAUAUUUCAUGGCCGUGACAACGUGACAUGCAGAGACACAGAUGAAUGUAAGGAUGAAAAGGUUUGUGGUCUGAAUGCAUCAUGUAUAAAUACACAAGGAAGUUAUCACUGUGUCUGCAACGCUGGCUACGCACUGAAAUCUGGAAACUCUAGCUUUUCUGGGCAGGGGCAGCAAUGCGAAGACAUAUGUAAGAUUGAUGAGACAAUUUGUGGACAUGGGUCCUGCCUCCAUGACUCCAGUGGCCAUUACUGUGCAUGCUCUGCAGGGUUUACUAACUACGGCAACAAAACGGGUCGUUGUACUGUGCUUCACUGUGAUGUUUUCAAGGAUGUGAACAAUUCAAGAAUGGAGGAAUUUGACACGGUUCGAGAUGAUAUGAAGCAACUGAGUGAAAAUUGUCUGAAGCUCUCAGGAAGUGAACAUUCAAAGGAGCUCAAUGGAGAAUUCUUACUAACGACCCUGCUCUCUAUUAUCGACAAGCUACUGACUGCUGGAUCUUUUAAAGACAACAAGAAAGUCUCCACAUUUCUAGACAUAGUGGAACAAGCUCUAGGGUUCAUUGGACCUUUGAUUAAAACACCAAGAACUAAAAAAUCCACCCGUCACACAGAACUGGAGCUGCUGUUACAUAUUGGGUCGGCUAUACCUCAAGGAAUAAAGACUCUGUCGACUAAACAGGCUAAAGUGGAUAUCAAGAUGGAAGAAGCUGCAGGAGACCCUUCAUCUUAUCCGGGAUUUACAACGGCUUCGUUGCUGAGCUAUUCAAACCUGGAGGAAUCUGCAGAAGGUUUCUUUAGUGGGGUGAAAAAUAAUGAGAGCCAGAAAUUUAAGAUAAACUCCAAAGUGGUGACUGUCAGUGUUAGCAAUGCAGACACAAAUCACCUGAACGAACCAGUCAACAUAACUUUACAUCACCUUGAUCAGUCAAAUCAAACCUCCCACACCUGUGUGUUCUGGGAUUCCUCUAAGGAUGGAGGUGCCUGGUCCGAUCGCGGCUGCAGCGUAGCGGAGUCCAACCCAAAAUACACUGUGUGUUCCUGUAACCACCUGAGCAGUUUUGCUGUGCUCAUGGCUCUCUAUGACAUAGAGAGUCAUUUUGAGUUGCAGCUGAUCUCCAGAGGCCUAUCCCUUUCAUUAAUUUGCCUGUUCUUCUGCAUCCUGACCUUCUCAAUGAUCCGGUCUAUCAAAAGCACCAGAACAACCAUCCACCUGCACCUCUGCAUCAGCCUCUUUAUUGCAACUCUUGUCUUUCUCGCAGGCAUCUCUCAGACACAGAACAAGGUUGGAUGUGCAGUAGUUGCAGGGAUGCUGCACUUCUUCUACCUGGCUGCAUUCUGCUGGAUGUGUCUGGAGGGAAUCCAGCUCUUCAGGAUGGUGGUCCUGGUCUUCAACACCAACUUUAAAACCAGCUACAUGAUGGCAGGGGGCUACGGAGUUCCUGCUGCAAUUGUUACUAUUUCUGCAUUGGUCAAUCGAGACGGAUACGGGACUAAGAAAUAUUGCUGGCUAAACUUGAACUUGAUUUGGAGUUUCUAUGGCCCUGUCUGUGUCAUUAUUACUGUAAAUGUUUUGUUCUUCCUUGUCACUGUGUGGAAGUUGGCACAGAAGUUUUCAAGUUUAAACCCUGACCUGGACAGCUUGCAUAAAAUCAAGGCAUUCACCGUUACUGCAGUGGCUCAGCUCUGUAUACUCGGCAUCAUGUGGAUCUUUGGGUGUUUCCAGUUUGAGAAGAACACAAUAGCAAUGUCCUAUCUGUUCACCAUUUUUGGCAGCCUUCAAGGUGUCAUGCUCUUUGUCAUGCACUGUCUAUUUUCCAAACAGGUGAGGGAUGAGUAUGAAAACAUUCUUUCUCAACUACGUGCUCCUCGGAAGAGAACAUACUCUGAGUUCAACUUCUCAAGCAAAGCUACUGCAUCCAGAAGUACUCAGGACACAGGAGAGUCUCACAAUUAACUGAGCGAUAUCUCUGGGAGAAUUCAGAAUGUCCAUUUUUAAAAAUUAGCUCUCUGAGACAUUUUGUUUUCUGCCUCCUGAAGCUCUUCUGCGCUGAUUUAGCCUAACAAUUCAAUGUUAUGCUGACAAUGUGCCUUUCUCAUUUGGAAACGGUGCAGAUUUGUCCAAAGUACAGCCCCAUUUAUUCCUAAUCAGGUAUUGGUUCUCAAAAUAAUUUCCUGCUUCUUAACAGUGACGAGACAGAUUUAAUGAGCGAUAUCAUUGGACAUUUAUCAGACAUGUUCCUCGGUAGGUUUUUAAAGCUAAAUUUAAAAAAAAUCACUUGUUCACUUUUUCAUUUGGUCACAUGUAAUUUCAUUUUAUACUUAUUGUUUUUGCUGCUUUUCUUGGUAUUGUAUUGUUUUUUUUAACUCUUUGUGAUUGUUCAGCACUUUGAAUGACUUUAUAAAUAAAGUUAUUAUUAUUGCUAUUAAUAGCUUUGAAUUAAAGUCCAGUUAAAAUAUGGAUAUUAAAGCUUUGAGCAAAGCUUGUUUUGUCCAUAAUAUGCUUUAAUUUCAUGACAAUACUUUUUUAACAGUAUUUUUGUAACUUGAUAAAUUAUGUAUUUUAUUUAGGAAAUGUACAUAUAAAAACAGUAUUUUUAUAUGAAAGAUUAUGUUCUUUUGCUCAAAAUUACACGUUUGUAGAAUUUAAUCAGGCACGUCUACUGAUGUAAUUUGUUUCAUUCAGGUACUUAAUUCAAUCAGCAAGAACAAUCCAAAAUAUACUUAUGUUGCAAGCUCUUCUUUUAAAUUGUUGAGCUCAAGAAAAACAAAGGAAAUCCAAAACACAAACACAGAUUUAUUAUUUGAAUUUUUGCCUGUAUGUAAGUCACUGGGAAAUUUAGCCUGUAUUAGUGUAUAGCUCCAAGGCUGCUGCUUGUAUUGCACCUGGAUACAUCAAAAAGAGUUGUUUAUUCAGUGAGUUCAUAUGCUAUUUGUCUUGAAACUGAUCUCAGAUAAGUUCAAUUAUUAUGGUCCUCUGAAAUGGUAGCACCGCUGUAACACAUGGUUUUAGCGCACAUCACAUAUUUUAAACUGAUGCUGUUUAUUUCUUGUUUACAUUGCUUUCUUUGUGAGAAUUCUUAAAACAUGUAUUUUAAAUGUCAUUAUUUGCAAAAAUAAAUGUAAUCAUAUAUAUAUAUAACAAUGCUGAUGAUUUCGCAGGCAUUUCUUGAUGUGGGUUGAAAAGUAUACAGGAAAUGGGAGACUUUCUCUUAUUCCUUCCUGUUUGUGAAAGAUCAGAGACAUGAUGGUUCCUAGAAAAACACAAAGGUUUAGACAAACGAGCAAUUAAAUCACACAGAAUUACUGCAUUGUAUUAAAGGUCAGAGCUGAAUCUGGUUUCUAUUG